AUGUCACGGCAAUAUUUGUAUUAUGUCCUACUAUUGUCCUUGGUCAUCCGACACACAACUGCAACGAGUUGCCCACAAGUAUUGGAGUUAAAUCAUCAAGAAAUUGCCCAUAAUAUUUCGGAAGCUUUAGUCGAAAUGAUUGAUCGAUUUUUUAUAGAAAAAUAUCGUUUAAUAAGUUUUAAUCUUCACAUUAAAGUGGAAAAUCCCCGACGUAUUUAUUUCUUUUACGAUAUUAUCAAUAUAAUGUGGCUGUUGUUGGAUGGCCGGAUUUCGAUUUAUCUCAGCAAUGGCAUACCCAUACCAGUGACCGAUGAAAUACAUUAUAGUGUUAUUUUGGUGGAUUCAACGGAAUCACUGGAAUACCUCUAUACGAACAUCAUCAAAUACCAUCUUAAUGUUGAAGGUACCUAUUUUAUUGUGCUGUAUACAUCACCCUCACCGAAUCAUUAUUACGAUGAACUCUAUAGCUCCUUACAACUGAGUUUAGAUUCAGGCAUAUCUCACGCGAAUGUCCUGGUCUAUGCUGGCCUAAAUAAUAUUCUACUAUUUCAUGAUGAACCAUUUUCGGAAUUUCAUUGCAUGGCAAAUGUUCCGGUUGUGAAUAAUACAUUUGUUAGCGGCAGAUGGAAUCAUACAAAAUUUUAUAUUUCCAAGGCGAGUAAUUUACACGGUUGUCCAUUGGUAUGUGCCACCUGGGAAGAUAUGCCAUAUUUUGAGGUUCUACCGAAUACAACGAUGGCAUCGAAAACACGUUUUAAAGGUCUGGAGGGACGUAUGUUGAAUUAUUUGGCGGAACGUAUGAAUUUCACCGUGGCAAUUCGUUGGAUGAAUGAUGAGGAGAUUAAUCGUACAUUGUAUGAUGAGAGGGGUAUGUUGGAUGAGCUCUUCUCCAACGGUACGGAUUUUGUGAUUGGCGCCUUUCACGAUAAGCCAUCAUCGUUCCAUGACUCAUUUACUCCAUCAACAAAUUAUUUCCUGAGCUCCUUCUAUUUUGUUGUAUCUGCCCGCACCGAACACUAUGACCCAUUCGUAAAGUUAUUGCUACCAUUUAAAACAGAAAUUUGGUUUAUACUCAUCGGAAUGUUGGUGCUGGGCAAUGCAAUACUAUAUGCCAUAACUCAAGUGGAUCGUCAAAUUAAAUAUCUAGUAUUGGGUAGGAGACAACAACAACCUCUCUAUAAUAUGGUUAUAAUCAGCUUGGGUGGUCCAAUUGCCCGCGAUCCGAAGGUACCAUUUUCACGAUUCCUGCUGAUGGUAUGGCUAUUGGCUUCGUUUGUUUUGCGUUCCAUUUAUCAGGGGUUGAUGUAUCAUUUUUUGCGCCACGAUGUCCACAAAUCCCCACCAAAGACCAUAGAAGAACUUAGGGUCCAAAAUUAUACAGUUCUCAUGUCAGAAGUGGUAUAUAAUAGCAUUCAGCAUCUCAAGGCACUCUACGAUGUUGCAGUUAUUCUAAAUGAUACCGAAGUUGAAAGUUUUAGCAUACUCAAUGAUCCGGAAAAAUACGGGUUCAGCCAGAAGACUGCCAUUUUGACCGCCUAUGAAUAUUAUGGCUAUUUGAGAUUUCUCAAUCAAAGUAACAACCAUUUUUAUUUGGUUCCGGAGAUUCUAUUUACCCAACAGCUAAGUAUUUAUAUGAAGAAAAAUUCAAUGUUUCUUAAUCGCUUCAAUAAUUACAUUACGAGUUAUACGAAUGAAGGUCUCAUGCAUCGUUGGGAGAAAAGUUUAAUAUUUGAAAAUACUUUUCGCAAACUGCAGGCCGAUGAUCAACCUGAAGCUAUGGAUUUACAUCAGCUAUAUGGUGCAUUGGAUUUGUUGGGUAUUUGUUUGCUGGGUUGUAUUUGUGUUUUAGUGGGAGAAAUUGUUGUCCACCGGUUGAGUGUUUGGGCUCGAAAGAGACGUAAAAGGUUGUGGCGGAGAAGACCAGGAAGACGAAAUAAGUGGAUAAAUUAA